AUGAAAAUGGGAGUUAUCACCUCAGGUGGUUCCCUCGUUCGACAUCAACAACAAGCACAACAUCAUCCACUUCAACCUCAACAACAAGUGUCACUACCAGCACCACUUCAACCUCGUCGACUAGUUCAACAUCAACAACAAGCACAACAUCAUCCACUUCGACAUCGACAACAAGUACUUCAACAAGCAGUUCGACUUCAUCAACAAGUGCCACAACUAGUACGACCUCGACAACGAGUACUUCAUCAACCAGUUCAACUUCGUCAACAAGUACCACAACCAGUACGACCUCGACGACAAGUACUUCAACAACAAGUACUACAUCAUCUACGAGUUCAACAUCAAAGACAACGUCAACGACAAGUACUUCAACCUCAACAUCAACGACAACAACGACAACAGGUAAGUUUCCGAACGUAUGAUUAUUCUUUUGUAUCAAAUAUCAUUUCACUCUCAAUAGCACCACCGUGCGGCACUGCUGUUACCAAUCCUUCAGGACAAAUUUUGAGUUUGCCCGCUGGUUCUGCAAAGACCACAUAUACACAAUACACUUAUGGUUUCACGGCAAAUGAUUUGUCAUCAACUCUAUCAUUUAUAAUAACGGGUGAGGGUGGAGCAGGUGGCGUUCACUACUGGUUAUUAGACGCAGUAUCUGUGAAUCAUACAAACGUAAGCACAAAUGUUCUAAUUAAUGGUGAUUUUGAAUCAGGAAAUUUAAACGGCUGGACACAGUAUUGUAACACGACUGCCAAUUGUGAUACAGCAUCAAGUGGUAAUUAUGCACAUACGGUAACAAGUCCAUGUUAUGCAGGAACAUAUUGCGUUUACGAUUCAUGUAAAAAUACUGACUAUCUGGAACAAUCGUUUUCUACUGUGGUUGGAGAUCACUAUUUUAUAUCAUAUUAUAUCAGAAUUGAACCUGAUAAAGGAGGUCCUUUACAAAUUUAUGUCACAUUAACUUAA